AUGACCAAAGCAAAACGGCGCGUCGGCCGGCUGAAAUCUACGGCGGCGGCGCCCCAAGGAUCAGCGGAACCACUCAAGACUACCCUAGUGCCUACACCAGUCCCCCCACCAGUUCCUCCUCCAGUCCCUACACCAGUACCACCGGCAAAACCUCUGGGAGACACCACCAAAGGAAAGGAGACAAGUGCAGCAGCAAAUGAAGAUCUCUCUGAGAAGACUACAAAACCUUGGGUGAAGAUCCUCCAAGGAAACAGAAAUUUGAGUAAAGGAAUGGCUGUAGAAUUUGUGGCUCCGCAAAUCAUCAAUGGAGAGGAAAAGAUUAUUAUCGACGAAAGUGAUGUUGCGAGUGAAUUAACCUACUGGGAGAAUGCGGUGAUUCUCUUCGCUCUGGGAGAAACACUUUCUAUGCACGCGGUCAAAAACUUCAUGGAGAAAUCGUGGAAUUUUGUAACCUUACCAGAACUUUACUUCAACGAUGCUGGGUACUUCAUUGUGCGCUUCAAGAGCUAUGAAGACCAGAAUAAGGUUAUGGAGCAAGGUCCAUACUUCAUUUAUGGGAAACCUAUCUUUCUGAAGUAUUGGUCUAUUGAUUUUGAAUUGAAAGCUGAUCUUCUUCGCGUAUUACCUCUGUGGAUUACACUACCAAAUCUCCCACUGUAUCUCUGGGGGGAGAAGAGUAUUUCAAAGAUUACUAGUGCUGUGGGAAGACCUAUAACAACAGACGAAUGUACAACACGGAAAUUGCGUAUCUCCUAUGCUAGAGUGCUAGUAGAGGUUGAUAUCACAAGACCUGUCAAGGAAACAGUUACAAUCAGAGACCAUAGUGGAAAAGAAUGGGAGCAACAAAUAGAUUAUGAGUGGAGACCUAAAUAUUGCCAGACAUGCUUGAAGAUUGGACACGAUUGUGCUACAAAGAAAACAACAGGGCAACCAAAACCUCAGCAAAGAGUUUGGCAGAAGAAACUACCAGCUCCAGAGAACAAGGAUAUAGAAGAAAUGAGAGAGGAGGCACCAAAGAAAGAUAACAACCCCUCGGAAGAAGAAUGGACUCAAAUUGCAUCUAAUAGGACUGACAAAGCACAAAAGAAGAUCAAUUUUACACCACCUGAGGAUUUACUUGUCCAGAAUGUAUUCACACCCUUAGGGAUUGGAGUUAAUCUCGUAGGGGAGUCAAGCAAUACCAAAUGA